AUGUUUCCACGACUUCGUCCCGCGGCGCGCUCACUUCGUCCCUCAACACCCAGGCGUAUCUCAACGACACCAGUCCGCAGCGCCAAACAUGACGCGGCGCGGGCAGACCAGGCAGCGUACCAGGCCUCUCUGGCGGCAGCCAAGCGUCGCUGGUGGUUGCAGCAGGGGAUUAUCCUCGCCGGUGUCAUUGGGUUCGGGUACACUGGUUACCUUCUCGGCCAAUCGCUCGCACCCCCCAAGAUUCAGAUGCAGGGUCUUUUACCUAUCGCCGCAGCCGACAAGUUGCUAGAGAAGACGCAGCCGCAGUACGGUAGCGUGGCCAACUAUCGCGAGUGUAUCCUCGAGAUUGCCGAGCUCUUCGAGAAGAGGGGUAAGCGUGACCGCGUGAGCACAGACGAGGACGACCUCCGCACUCACGGGGUCAGUGAUUGGAGCUACCACGAGGCCGAGCUCCCGACAGUCGUUGUGUGGGUCGACAGUACCGAGGAGGUACAGGAUAUUGUGCGGCUUGCCACAAAGUUCCGCGUACCGAUUACCCCGUUCUCUGGCGGUACAUCGCUCGAGGGACACUUUGCCAGUCCGUUUGGGGGGAUUUCUCUCGACGUGUCCCUCAUGGACAAGGUGCUUUCCAUUUCCGAGGCGGACGGCGAGGCUGUUUGCCAGCCGGGCGUCAAGUGGGAGGACCUGAAUGCCCAGCUGGUCAAGGAAGGUAUCCCGCUCUUCUUCCCUAUCGACCCCGGACCCGGUGCGACGUUGGGCGGUAUGGCUGGAACGGGUUGCUCGGGCACCAACGCCGUGCGCUACGGCACGGCCAAGGGCGAGUGGUUCUUGAACCUUACCGUCGUACUCCCCACUGGCGAGGUGAUCAAGACGCGCUCCAAGGCCCGUAAGUCGUCCGCCGGCUGGGACGCGACCAAGAUCUUCCUCGGUGCGGAAGGCACGCUGGGUAUCGUGACAGAAUGCACCGUCAAGCUGGCGCCUCUCCUCCCGACCAAGGUGGCGGUGAUGAACUUCCCUGGUGUCGAGGAAGCCGUCAAGGCCGCGACCGAGAUCGUCAACGCAGGAUACCCCGUCCAGUGCGUCGAGUACCUCGACUCGCGCACGAUGAAGGCCAUCAACGCCGGCGGCAUCGCAGGCAAAACGUAUCCCGAACAAGACUCGCUCUUCUUCAAGUUCCAAGGCACCGACGGCAUGAUGACCGAGACAGCCAAGGGCGUGUCCGUCAUCGCAGCCAAGCACGGCGGCAAGGACAUGCAGUUCAGCAAGUCGGAUGCGGAUGCUGAAAAGCUCUGGGAAGGACGUAAGGCUGCGUUGUGGAGUGUCCUCGCACUUCGCGAGAACGGGCGGGUAUGGACCACCGACGUCUGUGUUCCCAUAUCAAAGUUGCCCAGGCUGGUCCGGGAGACGGCCGCCGACUUUGAGGGGCGGGGACUUGAGGCAUGUCAUUUCGGGCAUGUGGGAGAUGGCAACGUGCAUACCCUCGCUCUGUUUUCCGAUGAUGAGGAGCUGGAGCGCGUGCGCGUCGCGGUGCAUGAGAUGGUUGAGCGGGCUAUUCGGUUGGGAGGCACUUGUUCGGGCGAACAUGGUGUGGGACUCGGCAAGAUCGAGUACCUCCCCAUGGAACUUGGGGCCGGUACCGUCAACUUUAUGGAGGGUAUUAAGCGUUACGUUGACCCAUACAACCUCUUCAACCCGGGCAAGGUAUACCCCAACAUCAAGCCCCAGAGACCCAAGAAGGACUAG